AUGUCAUACGCGGCUGCGUUUUCCACUUUUGCGUACAUCAACGUUGUCCCCAUGGCCGCAAGGUUCAAUCAACUAUACUGGGGUCCCGCAGAAACGGCUUUCGUCGAGGUUGUUCUCGCCAAGGGCAGCGGCUCCCAAGUCUUUUUUCUGACUGGCGCGCUUGGCACACCCUCCCAGCAAACGUUAAAUUAUGGACAACCUGUUCCGACCGGCCCUUUUUUUACUGCCAUGUGCAUUCCAGGGGUUGGAAGUGGCGCCGCAUAUGCUCAAUUCAACAGUGAUGAACGCCAACUCGACCGUUCCGAUCCGGAUCAGCGCUCGGCAGUCGAGUUCAUGAGUUUGGGAGAACUCGAGGCGUUGCUAGGGAGAGGCCAGAUGUUCGCAGUUAAUUGCGGUCAAGCAAAUUACAAGAACGACCUGAUAGCUGCGUUCGCCCCAGCCAAGAAAAACAACAAUGGACAAUCUGUCACCUUCAAUCCUGAUUCGCAUCGUCGAGAAACCCAACUCUUGGGAAAUCGAGAUCCUGGAGAUCGUUGCACUCUUGAUAGCGAGUGCAAGAUUCCGAUGGAAUGCAUCACCAACGGACCCACUGCUAUUGAGCAAAUAUUUCGGAUCACUACAACGUGCGAGCUGUACUUGCAAAUGGGAUACCAGCACCGACGAGUCUGCAAUAGCCCUGGCGGAGGAAUUUCAGGAAAAACGCUGGUUGUGCUUUUCACGAACGGGUCAGAGGGCGAUACAGCCCAGUCCUGGAAUUCAGGGCACCUGCUCGAAAUCAUCUGCCUGUUGAGCCUGCAGUCCGCGGCGCGCUAG